AUGAUGGGCGUCGAUUGGAUAAGUCAAAAAAGAGAAUUUAAACGAUCUAAACAAUUAGAAGAAUCCGAAAAAAAAAAAGAAAAUAAAAUAAAACCUAUCUGUAAGUAUUUCGUAUUUUGUGUUUUUAUAGUUUGUCGUAUAAUCAGUACUUUUAAAUAAUAUAAAAUUACGAAUUAACUUUUAGUCGAAUCUGUGGAAUUAUGUUGUUCGAGUGAUACAGAAGAAAGUUUGUCUGACGAUUGUGAUUUAGCCCAGAACAUACAAGAUAAUACCAAAAACUCUAUUACUGUGGAAAGCUGUGAAGAUUCUGCCGGCCCUUCAACUACUAGACGAGGAAGAACAGCAUUCAUCAACGAUAAACUUGUAACUGUUUUAGAUAGAUGCAAGGUAAGUGACAGAGAUAAUUUAAUCACUAAAAACGAAAAACAAAAGAAAUUUUUAAAACAUUGA